CGGCAGAUGAGUGACUGAGGUGCCGGCCAAUCGGCCGCUUGCUGCUGCUGCAUACGUCAGCUCUCCAUGUUGUAGGGCAACAAUCUGCGUUGAAGCCGAAGGAGGCCGGAGAUCCACUGAGGCUCGGUUAACGAGCCGGGGCAGGGGUCUUUGCCUACGGCCCUAGUGUCCUUUGCUGUUGCAGACCCAGAAACAUGGAUCUUCAGGUGAAUUUGUGUGUGAGCUGUAGGGGAGAGUCUCAGAACUUCCUGGUGUCAGAUUCUGCCAAGACAACCUGGGCUGAUGUGGAGGCAAUGGUGCUGGUAUCUUUUGAUCUAAGUGACAUCCAGAUAAAAUAUGUAGAUGAAGAUAAUGAAGAGGUGUCUGUGAAUAGCCAAGAUGAAUAUGAGGAAGCAUUAAAGAUUGCCGUAAAGCAGGGAGGAAUCCUGCAAAUGAAUGUCUAUGAAAAUCAGCAGCAACUUGACCAAACACCUAGAAACCAGCAGUUCUUGGAAACAAUAGAGUCUGGAGAGACCCAUGCAAUUAGGGGUGGCAAAAGAUCCCUGACGCAUCAUUCCUUGGUUGCUAGGUCACCUAGACAAGAAGAGCUCUCGCCACCGGCAACGGAAGAACAUUGCCAAAAUGAUGGAAGUGGAAACAUACAACCGGACUGGUUCACCAAUUACAUAGAGACAGAGCAGAGCAGCACAACCACAGACAGUGGGUCCUCUCCAUCUCCCCCGGAAUGGUUUACCAGCUACAUGAACAGAUUCAAGGAGCAAAUAAUUAAUGAGACUGUACAAAAAGUGUCCCUGAUAAUGAGGGAUAGACUUUCCCCGAGCCAGGAUUGGAUGUCAGAUAGCAGUUGUUCUUCUGCGCCUCUCAAGGAAUCGGAACGGCCAACUUCCAUGGGUUCCUUGUAUGACUGGCUCUUGGCUUGCAGUAACUGUAGAAAGAGGAUACUGGGCAUUCGUUACCAGUGCAGUGUGUGCCCAUCAUUCAGUGUCUGCGAGCACUGUGAGGCCGAAGGCUGUGAACAUGAUCCCAACCAUCUGUUUUUAAAAAUGAGAAGGCCGGUGGAGCCACGUGUUGAAGGACGAAGCCCACCACAUCCUUUCUCCUUUGAACAUGUCCGGUUCCAUAAGCAUAUGCACAAAACAUUUCUGAAAGCUGAGAAGCAACGCCUGCGAGCAGAGAAGAGGCAGCGAAAAGCAGAGGUGAAAGAGGUGGAGAAACAACUGAAGCUUCAUCGUAGGCUUCACCUCUGGCAUUCCAUAGACUCUCCUCAGCCGCCACUUGAGAGCCCAGAAAGUAGUCCUCUUGUAAUUCCCAUGGAACCUUGUUCCCAGUUCAUCCCCACUCUGAGUGCUGUUUUUGUGGACGAGAACCUACCUGAUGGCACUCACCUGCAACCUGGAACCAGGUUCAUCAAACACUGGCGGAUGAAGAAUACUGGGAAUGUUAAAUGGAACCUAGACACAAAGUUAAACUUCAUGUGGGGAAAUCUGACCCUAGCAUCCUCAUCUCGGAAAGAUGCCCCAGUCCCCUCCUUGCUUCCUGGCCAAGUGGGCGUCCUGUCUGUAGAAUUCAUAGCCCCUGCACUGGAGGGAACCUACACCUCUCACUGGCGUCUCGCACACAAGGGAGAGCAGUUUGGGCCCCGGGUCUGGUGCAGUAUCAUUGUGGACUCUCUUCCUUGUGCCGACCACCUUGAAAAUCUGGAAAAGGAUGUGUCUUCCAUCAAAAUAAACAACCAAAAAGACCAGGAAGAGGAAGACACCAGUGUUCAUAUGACUCAGCAACUUGAAGGAUGUCCAGAUAAAGAGACUGCCUCCACAGCUUCCAGUCACAUGGGUAGCGCACACGCUGACAGAGAGCUGUACAUCCCAUCUGUUGAUCUUCUUACUGCUCAGGAUUUGCUGUCUUUUGAGCUGUUGGAUAUAAACAUUGUCCAAGAACUGGAACGUGUUCCCCACAAUACUCCUGUUGAUAUGACACCGUGCAUGUCUCCUUUGCCACAUGAUGGGCCCUUGAUUGAGAAGCCAGGUCUGGGACAAAUUAAAGAGGAGACUGAUGGAGCUGGAUAUAAGACCCUAACUGUAAAAAAGUCUACAGAAGACAUGGAGAACACCCCUACCCAAGAGGAGGCUGAGGAGGACAUUAGUGGUACCCAAUUUGUUUGUGAAACUGUCAUGAGGAGUCUUACAUUAGAUGCAGCUCCAGACUACAAACCUCCUCAGAAGAAGCAGUCACCCCACAGUUCCGUACACUCCUCGCCACAAACAAGUUUCAGCUAUAGUGUAACGCCUGAUGAGGAUGUGACUCUGAAGUCCUCUCCUGUGGUCAGCAGGCCGGUUCUACUAGAGUCCACAGAUACAAAUGCGCAAGACUUAGAGAUGACAACUGAUACAGCAAUUGCAGACAUAGGACAAGUCCAUCUAUGUGAUAUUGAGCAGCAGACACCUGAUGAGAGUCAAAGAGAUGAAGUAGAGAGCCAGGCUUCCUCUGACACUUCUGAAGAUUACAUAAUCAUCUUGCCUGAGUGCUUUGACACCAGUCGACCACUUGGGGAGUCCUUGUACAGCUCUGCUCUCUCUGAGUCACAGGGUGACAAGGGCGACUCUGAGUCCAGGAUGGAUGAGACGCGUGAAAGAGGUAGCCCGGUCCAGUCUCACAGCAUUAAUGACAUUCUCACCACCUCCCAGACUCUAGAUGCCAUACCUCUCACUCCAGAAGUGUUAACACCAUCUCCUCAGCUGAGGUUCCUACAAGAGGCACAAACAGUCUCCUCAAAUGUUGAAGAGGCGAGGCCUGCAGAUAUCAGAGCAUCAAUUACUGAGCAAACAAGCACAGCUCCUAAUGAAAAUGUAGUGAGACCGCAACCUGCAGAGACUCCUCUUCCACCCAGAGCAGGCUUUGAUCACACAAGCCGGCAACAUACCAGAGUGAGCAUCGCUGGAGGCCUGGUGAAGGGUGCGCUAUCUGUGGCUGCAUCUGCUUAUAAGGCCCUUUUUGUUGGUCAACAGGAGACUGCUAUGCCCCCGUGCUCAGAGGAACAAGCUGGAGCCAUGAUGGCUGUGCUGGUAGAGAUGGGAUUCUGUGACCGGCAACUCAACCAGCGACUCCUGCGCAAACACAACUACAACCUCAUGGAUGUAGUGACUGAACUGAUCCAAAUUAAUGAUAAUGACUGGUAUUCUGCCCGGUACUGAGGUGGAGGAAUAAAAGCACUUAUUAAACUGGCAGAAUAAUGACCCCAAGCUUGUAUGGUGCAACUUGUUGGCCACUUAGCAGCACAUCUGAUUGUCAGUCCUUUUGUUUUGUGUGUCAUUUGUGUCCCAACCACUUUCUUUUACGUUAUUUGCCAUAUAGGAUUAUUUCUCAGUGGCUCAUGGGAGAUUGAUACACUGUUAGGAAAAAAUGAAUAUGAGCUACUCUAGGUCUCGCAUAUUAUACUAUACAGAGUGCCAAUAGAAUGCUCUAGUCUAGUCAAGCAAUGAUCUAGAUCUUUACUAGACACUUUGUAAAGCCGUAGUGGUCCUUCAUUGACGCUGUGCGCAGAUAAGGAUCUUAUGGAAAGACGGUGCUGUCUUCCUAACCAGUUUUUCAAUAGGGUGAGGUUUCCAAAAUGGUUUCAAAUUUUCAUCUGUAUAAAUUUCCAAUUAAGGUUCAGUAUGAAUGUUGGCUGAGAUUAGCUGCGUUGACAGUAUGAAUUUCCCAUGCUUGUGUCCUCUGCAUCUUCUCAGAGGAAACUUUGUGACUUGGACAGUUCUAACUUGUUCCCUAUUGCAUUUGCAGUUUUUGUUAUGUUUUGGGGGGUUUUCAAAUGUAAAACAUUGCUUCAGUAAGAAGUGACAGAUCCGUAAUAAGCAGUACACCAUUGGUACAAAUCAAGGUUGUGGAUAUCUUAUAAUAUCUGCAAUAUUAAAAUAUAUAUAUAUUUUCAAGGGUUAUCCUUGAUUAGCCAGGUGGUUUCCAAGAAUACAAAAAAAAAAAAAAUCUAAGUCAUUCUCUUUUUAGUAAUAAUUUAAGGAGUGGCACAGUUCAGUAGCCUAUCAGACACUUGCCCCUGAAAGAAGCAAUGUUCUGAACGUCCACACACAGAUUGAAUCCCCCUGAACAGGUCUUUACACUCCUGUGUCAGUAUAAGCAUUAAUGUGCUUCAUUGCAUUACAACUAUGGGAGCCAUAUGCAUAAAACUAACACCUGAGGGCACAGGCAGCAUUUUUCUAUCCUGUAAAAUAAUCUUCUGGCCAAGAAAGGAUAUAUUUUCAACACAUAUUUUCAAUGUAAUGCGUUCUUGCAGGUCUCAGCUCCUUUAUUCACAUUUACAUGUGCCCAGAUUAAGGGGAAACCAAACCCUUAAAAAGCAUGUUUGUUUUAUAGAGGCUAUGGUGCUGACAUGGGUCAUUUAUCUCUGAAACUGUUUGUUUAUUUCUUUGGUUAUCUUUUUUCUUUUGUUUCUUUGCAUAAUUUAGUUUUGCCAUAAUAUUUAAUUUUUAGAUAUCGAUUCCUAAAUUACCAAUCUACACUUAAUGCUAGAUUUAAUAUUGAUACGAUUAGAAUUGAUGUUUAUGUGUGGUUAACGAUAGCCAAUAACCACCAUAUUAUUUUGAUUUUUCACUAUGUCAGUAUAGGUAUAUUUAUAAAAAAUAAAAUAAAAAAAUAAAAAAGAUUUGAAUCAGAGAAAGCAAAAACCCUCACCGAUUUUAAGAUAAUCAAGUCAUGGAACCGGGUUGUUUUCUAUUUCCGUUGCAUUCGUGGCUAACCCCUUUGACUUUUUUGUUAGCAAAUAUAUUUAACCCUUUUCUGGCCAUAAUUUACAUAGUAAGGAGACAUUUGCAUCUCUCUUUAGAAGCCUUGCACAGAACAACCAUUAUUCACCCGUAUAAUUAUGUUAGAGUAACAAAUGAGGGUUGCAUAUUUUUGUAAUGACCACACUCACGAAGUUGAACAUGGGUCCAAAAGUGUACUUAAACCAAUUGACAAUAUCAAAUAGGGAUACAUCUGUCCUUCCCCUAUUGAUGCUAUGUAUACAAAGUCUAUCCGUUCAAUAGGGGAUGGAGACAGUAUCCCGGCUGCCGGUUUCUUUUCUCCCUUGGUUGGUGGCGUGGACCCACCACCCAAGUGGGAAUACCAGGGAGCGGUCAGUAUUCCGACCACCGGCAUUUUGCUGGUUGUCGGGAUCCUGAAUGCUGGGAUCCCGACAGCCGGUAUAUUAACUAAAUCCCAUUCACUAGUCCAGAGCAUAUUGAUGAAGAUUAUUUAGCCCAUACAGUGGCAGUAGGGUGGCCAUUUUUUUUCAAUCCCGUGUAUCGGGAUUGAAAAAUGGUCAAUCCCGAUACAUGGGAUCCCGUCCUCGCCGCCUCUCCCCACCUGCCCCAACCGCACACCUAACUCGCCUAACUGCUGGGGCGGGUGGGAACUUUAACCACCUUCGUGGCGGGCAACGGAUAGCUUUCCGGGCUCGGCGGCAGGUGAGUGACUGCGCAGCGUGAUCUCAGAGUUAGAGGUCACGCUGCUGCGUGUGCAGGGGGAGCCGGGAAUCGUCUGAGCAUCCUGAGGACGCUCAACGCUGACCCCUAAAUACCCAGGAUUGGAGCUUCCAAUCUCGGAAUUGUAUCCCGGACGUUUUUUGGCCAGAAUCCCGGGAUCCUGCCGAUCCCGGGAUUGGCCACCCAAAGUGGCAGCCAUCACUGUUUGUAGAUGACGGACACUUUAGAUGCACACGGAAUGUGUUCAGUAAAACAGAGCUAGAUUACAUAAGCCUAUUUUAUGCUGCUGCUGAGCAGGAGGCCUGUGCGGUGAUGGCUGGUUUCUGUAACUUGUUUCUUACUGUAGGAGCGUGUUACAUUCAGAACUAACACUACAUUUAUCCAAUUGUCUAUUUACUGGUCAGUGUUUCCUCAGUAGCUUUUCCUCUGCAAACAUCUUAAUUCCAUAUGCUCUACUCCGUCACAUUUCUCCUUUAACUGUAGUUCCCAGAGAUUCCCGAUUCAUCCCCAAAUUGUGUGACCGCGCUUAUGUAGCUUAUAAUUAUCAUAUCUCUCAUACUUUUAUACAAAUGUACCAGGCUUUACAUGUAUGGAUUUAGUAGCCAAGAUGGCAUAAGGGAUGGGGGGUGCAACAUUUUGCACAAGUGAUAUGAGGAGGUGGGCAGGUAGCUAGUUUCCUGCCAUGUGUGCACCAGGGACAUCACUGUGCAUAAUGGGUAUAGUAUGGUAUGCCGGCGGCCGGGCUCCCGGCGACCAGCAUACCGGCGACGGAAGGCCGACCGCUUGCAUACCGACCAGCGUGGCGCAAAUGAGCCAUUUGUGGGCUCGCUGCGGGCACGGUGGCGCGCGUAGCUAUUUAUUCUCCCUCCAGGGGGGUCGUGGACCCCCACGAGGGAGAAAAAGUGUCGGUAUGCCGGCUGUCGGGAUUCCGGUGCUGGUAUACUGUGCGCCGGGAUCCCGACAGCCGGCAACCUGAAGACCACCUUGCAUAAUGAAUAAAGGAGAGUUUUAUUUAGUUACAGUAUAUAUAAAUGCUAGAAGUGGGAGGUAGUGGUGGGGUUCCUGCAGCAGGACCAUGUUUCUUGGCUUAUUCUUUUUAUGGCAAGCAUUGUGAAGCUUCCAGUUGCUCCUUUUAUGGAAAAGUAGAUUUCCAGGGAUGGGUGGUCUUCAGUAUGCCGGCGGUCGGGCUCCCGGCGACCAGCAUACCGGCACCGGGAGCCCGACAGCCGGCAUACUGACACUUAUUCUCCCUCGUGGGGGUCCACAAACCCCCUGGAGGGAGAAUAAAUAGCUACGCGCGCCACCGUGCCCGCAGCGACCCCGCAAGGGGCUUAAUUGCGCUCGCCACACUGCCGGCCGCCGACAGAUCGUAGUGAACCCCCAGGGAUAUUUAGGCGUAUACAAAAUACAGGCCCUAUGUCCACUACCCUCAUAAUUUAUUUAGCAUUUAUACAUGAGACUAUUUAAAAAUAAACAGUAUUUUAAGAGAAAAACUGAACCGUUUAGGAACACUUUAUUCCUAUAAAAGUGUCAGUUUUGGGGACAGAAAAGCACACGUGCAUAAUACUUGGUGGUUUCGUGAAUGAGCCUUAUUAAUAGAAAUGAGGCAAAAUGCUGAGUCUGAUUAAUUGGUUGUCUUGGGUUUCAGGAUAUGUUUACAUAUUUACCUGUGCACCAGACUUCGCCAAUGUUUCCCGUAUUAUCUAUCGUAAUGUACAUAAAAAUAUGGCUGCAAGCUGGGGCAGUUUACCGGGUUUACCAAAUUUUUGAUGCAGAAUUACAGACUGGGGCAAAUAUACCAUGCUUUCCUACCAUGUGGACCAAAUCCUCCCAAUUACAUUAUGAUAUGUAUUGCCUGUAUUUAAGGAAUUCUAAAAAGAAAAUAUGCAUGGUAAUAAGCAACUGCUAUACAAAUAUAAUAAUGGUUCCCUGCCUCUGUAUGUACUAUUGUUUGAAGAGUUGACUUGUAGAAAGACCUGAUGAUGCUGAGCACUAUUCCUGUUUGUGCAGCCUAUCUUGUAUAAAACCACUUUCGUAUGCUCCAGAAACCAGCAAAUGCAUAUGUGUCUACAGAGUUCUGACACUUACACAUGUCUGAGUCUGGAGAGCAUGGGAAGACUGAGUACCAUAAGGGCAUGUUUGUGUAUUGGCAAAUGGCUACCAGGUGCAUGUACAUUUAAGAAUACAGGUUGUCAGGAUAAAAUACACUCAUGAUGAAAAUCGCGGCUUGCACAGCAGAUGCUUUCUUGUAUCUCUAUCUUUUCAUAUGCACAGAGAUGUUUCUGCUGUACCAAAGCGAUGGUUAAACACAUGAGCAGGGCAGCCAUCAGAGGGGAGGGGGGGGGACUGGAGUCCCGAUCCUUUAUAGAGAGGGGGGCACACCCCUGGAUACUUCAGCCAAAACUUGGAAAGCUGCACAGGCAGCGCAACAACAGCAGGCUGAUGAGCUGGGAGGACUUACAACAAGCCUUCCCUGCACAUCAGCUCUGUGAGUCGUUCCUGCAAGUCCCCAAUGCUCCACCUAUAUGUAAUGUCAUGAUGGCAGAAUCUUUUUUUUGGUGGGGGGGCUCUGUUUGUUUUGUCUGUCUCGGGCCCCACAAUUUCUGAUGGCAGCCCAGCACAUGGGUGUAUGUGACAUAUGGCUAGCAUAUGCUGGAGAUGCAGGAUUGUGUACAGCUUAGCAUAUGCACAGAAGCAUGUUAUUUUUGUACUUUAAUAAUAUUCAAAGUGCAGUUUAACUUUUACUUUAAAAUCGUGGUACUCCCAACACACAUUGUAUUUGUGCCAGAUGGACAACGCAAGUUAUAAGUCAGGAUCUAGCAUGAGGAACAGGCCAGCUUGAAGGACCAAUCACAUAAAUACAGUAGAGGCAGCAAUUUGAAUAAAUAUUCAUACAACCUGAGACCUGAGGAUCAUACCUCAGUGAUGCCAGUAGUUACAAGUAAACUGGUAGGCUAACAUGUCAUGGAUAUUGACUUAAAGGGCCCAUACAACAGCAGCUAAUUAUGCCAAUUCUCCGUUCUGUCGAUGACUGGGUCAGGUGAUCUGCAAAAUCCAACAUGUUGGACGAUCUGGAUUCACCGAUUCCGACCCAAAAAUUAUCUGAAUCGUGAGUUAGGAAUUUUUAACAUGUUAUAUUUUGCUGAUCCCCAGAGAAAUCGCCGCUCAUAAGGUCGGCAUCGGGGAGUCGCCUGUUAGCGUAUAGGCCGCAUUAGACAGAAAAAUGCUGUCCCCAGUGUGCGGGUUAGCAGGUGACAACCAGCAUUUUAUAUACCCUUACAGUGAGUGUUCAGCAAUUUGCAGCUGUUCUACAGUUUUAAUUUAAUUUAAAUCGCUUUACUUUAAAUAUCUGAUUUUAUGUUUCUUAAGGCUUGCAUGAUAUCCAGUAAAAGUUCCAGUGUAGAGUAGAUGGAUGUAUAUUAUUUAGAAUAAGCACUUUAUUUGAAAUGUGAUGUAAAAAUGAAUCUUGUUAUGCUAAACAAUUUAUUAAAAUCCAGAGUAAAUAUU